CCAGGCGGGCGGCGCUGAAGGCAGAGCGGCGGCCGCGGCGCCCGCGGGGCCCGGGCGAGCAUGUAGCGGCCGCGGGAAGCGCGGGGCUCCCGGGGCUGGCCGGGCCGGGCCGCUCGCGGCGACAUGGAGGAGGAGGGGAAAAAGGGCAAGAAGAGGGAGGGUUAACAUCUGACCAUAUUUUUCAACAAGAUCAGAAGUGAAUAGGGGAGAAUGCACAGUAACUGUCGGCAGAGGGGAAGGAACCAGAAUCCUUCCAGUGAAACUCUGUCAGACAGACUUUCCAGCAGGGCAUUCCAUGGAGAACGAGCCCGGAAUUGUGUCGCCGUUUAAACGCGUAUUCCUAAAAGGUGAAAAAAGUAGAGAUAAGAAAGCCCAUGAGAAGGUGACAGAGAGGCGCCCCCUGCACACGGUGGUGCUGUCCCUGCCCGAGCGCGUCGAGCCCGACCGGCUGCUGAGUGACUACAUCGAGAAGGAGGUGAAGUACUUAGGUCAGUUAACGUCCAUCCCCGGAUACCUGAAUCCCUCCAGUAGGACAGAAAUCCUGCACUUCAUAGACAAUGCCAAGAGAGCCCACCAGCUCCCUGCACACUUGACCCAGGAGCAUGACGCUGUCAUCAGCCUGUCUGCCUACAACAUCAAGCUGGCCUGGAGGGAUGGGGAGGACACCAUCCUCAGGGUCCCCAUCCACGACAUCGCUGCCGUGUCCUAUGUGCGUGACGACGGCUCCCACCUGGUGGUCCUGAAGACAGCCCAGGACCCUGGUAUCUCCCCCAGCCAGAGCCUGUGUGCAGAAAGUUCCAGAGGCCUCACCUCAGGCUCCCUGUCAGAGAGCGGAGUGGGGCCUGUGGAGGCGUGCUGCCUGGUGAUCCUGGCCACGGAGACCAAGGUUGCUGCAGAAGAGUUGUGCUCUCUGCUUGGGCAAGUCUUCCAGAUCGUCUAUACAGAGUCCACCAUCGACUUCCUGGACAGAGCCAUAUUCGACGGGGCCUCCACACCCACCCACCAGCUGUCCCUUCACAGUGCUACUUUAGUUUCCUGGCCACUGAGAUGUCCUCCCCAGCCCAGCUCAGGUCUCUCCCUGCUCUCUACACCCCCAGAUGACUCUUCCUCCAAGGUGGACGUGAAGGAGCCCUAUGAGACGGAGGUCGGCCCUUUCGCCUUCCCUGAGUGCGCGCGUGCAGGUGGCGUGUCACCUCUCCCCUUCUGCCUGCCGCACACCAAGGCAGCUAGCGAGAGCGAGCUGAGCGCCACGGCCGCCGAGCUGCUUCAGGACUACAUGCUGACGCUGCGCACCAAGCUGUCGUCGCUAGAGAUCCAGCAGUUCGCAGCGCUGCUGCAUGAGUACCGCGAUGGGGCGUCAGUGCAUGAGUUCUGCAUCAAUCUGCGGCAGCUCUACGGGGACAGCCGCAAGUUCCUGCUGCUGGGCCUGCGGCCCUUCAUCCCUGAAAAGGACAGCCAGCACUUCGAGAACUUCCUGGAGACCAUCGGGGUGAAGGAUGGCCGAGGCAUCAUCACUGACAGCUUCGGCAGGUACCGGCGGGCCAUGAGCUCCACCUCCACCUCCACCUCCACCUCCAAUGGGAACCGGGCGGCGAGCAGCUCCGACGACCAGUCAGCACCCUCGGAGGGGGACGAGUGGGACCGCAUGAUCUCAGACAUCAGCAAUGACAUUGAGGCACUGGGCUGCAGCAUGGACCAGGACUCAGCCUGACGGGGACUUGCCCUCCCCCCACCCCCUUUUGGCCUACUGGUCAGGAGCUGCGGAUGCAGGGACACCCACUGUGAAGGAGCUUGGGGGGGGGGCACACCUCGCCCACAUAUGCCCCUCUCUGCCAGGGGCUCCGGCCUGAGGUCGGUUUUGCACACGUUCUGACUCAGACUCAGACUUUCCAAGAAGUUUGCUGCAAUGUGAAUUCA